UCUUCCUCGAAAAGACGCAAACCACCUUAGUCAAGAUGCAUUUAUACGUGGGCCCGUGUAAUAGUACUUUCGGGUAUUUACAAUUGUGUGUGUAUCUACCGGUGCACUCGUCGAAACGGUUCAAAUGCCACGCGCCACGUUGGAGACUUUACUAAACCUUGUCACUCACAUUCCAGACUUGCUUGAUUCAUGUCUAUCGUGGUCAACUGCACGUGUCAUUCGCCUGUUUAGAAAAUCAUCAUCGGAUAACAAGGCACGGUUUUUGCUGAAGGCCAAGCAGCAGUUCCAAGUACACGAGGUCAUCAUAGAGCAAUGGAAUUCCGAGCGCAUUUCUCGAAAGACAGUUCUUUCAAGCAUUCCUGCAUUCAUGUAUUACAUGUCUCCAGCAAUUCGGGGAAGGUUUUUGGAAAACUCCUCCAAUUUUGGGAGAAUUCCUGGAGAAAUUCAGGAAGAAUUGCGGGUGGAUUCAUUCAGGAAUUUUGGGGGGACUGCCUCCAAGGAUUUUGGAGUUUUAUUAGAAUUCUUAGUGAAUUAUUCCAGGAAUGCAGGAAGAUUUCCAAAAAUACCUCUCGGAAUUCCGUGA